AUGCCUAUCAUUGCCGACGAGUCAGAAACAAGAUGCCGCAGAAGGCGGAAGCAGGAAAAGGGUGACGGACUCCCAGCUGACUACAGCGACAUCUUAGCUCAGUUGCAGAAGUUGAAAGAAAUUGCCGACACUCCAGACCAUUCACGUCGAGGUUACGUUCGACAGAAACAAGAUGGGAAGCUGUGGGUUCGCGAAAGGAUCCAAAAGCUUCUCGACAAAGACUCGUUCCAGGAAAUUGGUGGGGCGACGGGCCACGUAAUUUGGAAGCAGCUAGGCGGAGAGAGAGAAGAGGUCGAAUCCUUUCUCCCGCACAACAAUGUUCAAGGCUACGGAUGUUUGAAUGGUCGACAAAUUGUCUUCACUGCUGACGACUUCACCAUCAGAGCUGGUCACCAAGAUGGAAAUCUGAUGGCUAAGACACUGUACACUGAGAAGUUGGCCUUGCAGAUGAAGAUACCUAUGAUUAAGCUGACUGAUGGUUCUUCCGGAGGUGGUUCAGUGAGCACAAUUGAGAAAACUGGAUUCUCUUAUGUGCCACCGAUGCAAGGCUUUGACAUCGUGACGAAGCAACUGAAUAUGGGCAUUCCGAAUCUGGGAGCGGUGUGUGGACCUGCAAUUGGUCUUGGAGCUGCGAGAGUAGUGUCCUGCCAUUUUUCAGUCAUGGCUGCGAAUGUAGGAAGUCUGUUCAAUGCCGGGCCGCAAGUCGUGAAGAAUGCUACCUUUGAAGAGGGCUUGAGCUUUACAGAUCUGGGAGGACCGGCGAUGCAUUGUACGAAUGGAACGAUCGAUAAUUUGGCCGAGGAUGAGGAGGAAUGUUUUCGGCAGAUCCGGCAAGUCCUUGGAUAUCUACCGAACUGUGGAACGGAUGUGCCGCCUGUUGUUGUUUGCGAAGAUCCAGUGGAGCGGGAAGACAUUGCAUUGAGAUCCAUCAUACCGAGAAAGAGGGAGCGAAUGUAUAAUCCAAGGACGGUCAUCAGAACGGUCGUCGACAAAGACUCCUUCUUCGAGAUCGGAGCGCUUUGGGGCCGAACAUCAAUUAUUGGUCUGGCACGGCUAGGAGGCAGGCCUGUCGGCAUCCUUUCGAACAAUGCAGAGAUCUCAACUGGAGCUAUCGAUGCUGCUGGCAGCCAGAAGCUCGCACGGCAUCUGAAGUUUUGCGAUGUCUUCAAUCUGCCGAUCCUGCAAUUCGUCGAUGUUCCGGGCUAUGCUGUGGGUACGGUUGCGGAGCGAACAGCGACCAUGAGAUGGGGCGUUGAGCUUACGAAAGCAUACUACACGACGACUGUGCCAUUGUUCAGCAUCAUCAUCAGGAAGACGUAUGGCGUAGCCGGUGGCGUAAUGGUCGAUUGCCGAGAUCCAAACAUGCGUGUGGCAUGGCCGUCAGGCGAAUGGGGCAGCCUCCCACUGGACGGAGGUAUAGAAGUUGGGCAUUCCCACGAGCUCCGACAGAUUGAGAAGGAGAAGGGAGUAGAGGCAAGGAAGGCAAGAUAUCUGGAGCUGCAAACAAUGUACAGGCGGCUGAUGAACCCCGUUCGAACUGCAAACCACUUUAGCAUAGAGGAGAUCAUUGAUCCGGCCAAGACGAGACAGGUCGUGUCUGAGUGGUGCAGGAUGGCGUACGAGUCUCAGCUGCCGCAGAGAGUGCUCGAAAGAGUAUGCGGCAAGCUGCAGCCGCUGUAUGCGUAG